CCCUGUGGCCGCUGGCGCACUCGGCGGGUGCUGGGCUGCGAGGAGGGCGGCUCUCCGAAGCCGCGGGUCCUGUCGUCGCGCUCCUCAUCCAGCAUGGCUUUCGCCAAUUUCCGCCGCAUCUUGCGGUUAUCCACCUUCGAGAAGAGAAAGUCCCGUGAAUAUGAGCACGUCCGCCGAGACCUGGACCCCAACGACGUAUGGGAGAUCGUGGGCGAGCUGGGAGACGGCGCCUUCGGCAAAGUCUACAAGGCCAAAAACAAGGAGACUGGUGCCCUGGCUGCAGCCAAAGUCAUUGAGACCAAGAGCGAGGAGGAGCUGGAGGACUACAUCGUGGAGAUAGAGAUCCUGGCCACCUGUGACCACCCGUAUAUCGUGAAGCUCCUGGGGGCCUAUUACUAUGAUGGGAAGCUAUGGAUCAUGAUUGAGUUCUGCCCUGGGGGAGCUGUGGAUGCCAUCAUGCUGGAGCUGGAUCGAGGCCUCACUGAACCCCAGAUUCAGGUCGUAUGCCGCCAGAUGUUAGAGGCUCUCAACUUCCUGCACGGCAAGAGGAUCAUCCACCGAGACCUGAAAGCUGGCAACGUGCUUAUGACCCUUGAGGGGGACAUCAGGCUGGCUGAUUUUGGUGUGUCUGCCAAGAAUGUGAAAACUCUGCAAAAGCGAGAUUCCUUCAUAGGAACGCCUUACUGGAUGGCCCCUGAGGUGGUGCUGUGUGAAACCAUGAAGGACGCCCCCUAUGACUACAAGGCUGACAUCUGGUCGUUGGGCAUCACACUGAUUGAGAUGGCGCAGAUCGAGCCCCCACACCACGAGCUCAACCCCAUGCGGGUCCUGCUCAAGAUUGCCAAGUCGGACCCUCCUACCCUGCUUACACCCUCCAAGUGGUCUGUGGAGUUCCGAGACUUUCUGAAGAUAGCCUUGGAUAAGAACCCAGAAACCCGGCCCAGCGCUGCACAGCUGCUGCAGCAUCCCUUCGUCAGCAGAGUCAACAGCAAUAAGGCUCUUCGGGAGCUGGUGGCCGAGGCAAAGGCGGAGGUAAUGGAGGAGAUUGAGGAUGGCAGGGAGGACGGAGAAGAGGAGGAUGCUGUGGAUGCUGUUCCGCCCCUGGUCAACCACACUCAGGACUCUGCCAAUGUAAGUCAGCCAAGCCUCAACUCCAACAAGAUUCUCCAGAAUUCUUCUACCCCCCUGCCUCCCAGCCAGCCUCAGGAGCCUGUGAACGGGCCCUGUAGCCAACCCUCUGGGGAUGGACCCCUCCAAACCACCAGCCCUGCAGAUGGGCUCUCCAAGAAUGACAAUGACUUAAAGGUGCCUGUUCCCCUCCGGAAGUCCCGGCCACUGUCCAUGGAUGCCAGAAUUCAGAUGGAUGAAGAGAAAGAAAUCACUGACCAGGAUGAGAACCCCAGUCCUGCAGCCAGCAAGUCCCAAAAGGCCAACCAGAGCCGACCUAACAGCAGUGCCCUGGAGACCUUGGGUGGCGAGGCUCUGACCAACGGUGGCCUGGAACUCCCCAGCUCUGUCACUCCAAGCCAUUCUAAGAGGGCCUCGGACUGUAGCAACCUGUCUACCUCAGAGAGCAUGGACUAUGGCACCUCCCUGUCUGCUGACCUGUCACUGAACAAAGAAACGGGCUCAUUGUCUCUCAAGGGCUCAAAACUGCACAAUAAGACCCUGAAACGGACCCGCCGGUUUGUGGUGGAUGGUGUGGAGGUGAGCAUCACCACCUCCAAGAUCAUCAGCGAGGAUGAGAAGAAAGACGAGGAGAUGAGAUUUCUCAGGCGCCAGGAGCUCCGAGAGCUUCGGCUUCUGCAGAAAGAAGAACAUCGGAACCAGACACAGCUGAGCAGCAAGCACGAGCUGCAGCUGGAGCAGAUGCACAAACGUUUUGAACAAGAAAUCAAUGCCAAGAAGAAAUUCUAUGACGUGGAGCUAGAAAACCUGGAGCGGCAGCAGAAGCAGCAGGUGGAGAAGAUGGAGCAGGACCACAGCGUGCGCCGCAAAGAGGAGGCCAAGCGGAUCCGCCUGGAGCAGGAUCGAGACUACGCCAAGUUCCAAGAGCAACUCAAGCAAAUGAAGAAGGAGGUGAAGAGUGAGGUUGAGAAACUGCCCCGGCAGCAGCGGAAGGAGAGCAUGAGGCAGAAGAUGGAGGAACACUCUCAGAAGAAGCAGCGGCUGGACCGGGACUUUGUAGCCAAGCAGAAGGAGGACCUGGAGCUGGCCAUGAGGAAGCUCACCACGGAAAACAGGCGUGAGAUCUGUGACAAGGAGCGAGAUUGCCUUAGCAAGAAGCAGGAGCUCCUCCGAGACCGUGAGGCAGCCCUGUGGGAGAUGGAGGAGCACCAGUUGCAGGAGCGACAUCAGCUGGUGAAGCAGCAACUUAAGGACCAGUACUUCCUGCAGCGGCAUGACCUGCUGCGUAAGCACGAGAAGGAGCGGGAACAGAUGCAACGCUAUAACCAGCGCAUGAUGGAGCAGCUGAAGGUCAGACAGCAACAGGAGAAGGCGCGGCUACCCAAGAUCCAGAGGAGCGACGGCAAGACGCGCAUGGCCAUGUACAAGAAGAGCCUGCACAUCAACGGUGCAGGCAGUGCCUCUGAGCAGCGCGAGAAGAUCAAGCAGUUCUCCCAGCAGGAGGAGAAGAGGCAGAAGGCGGAGAGGCUGCAGCAGCAGCAGAAACACGAGAACCAGAUGCGAGACAUGGUGGCGCAGUGCGAGAGCAACAUGAGCGAGCUACAGCAGCUGCAGAAUGAAAAGUGUCAUCUGUUGGUAGAGCAUGAAACCCAGAAGCUGAAGGCCCUGGAUGAGAGCCACAACCAGAGCCUGAAGGAAUGGCGAGACAUGCUUCGGCCACGCAAAAAGGCCCUGGAAGAAGAUUUGAACCAGAGGAAGCGGGAACAGGAAAUGUUCUUCAAAUUAAGCGAGGAGGCAGAGCCCAGACCCACCACACCCAGCAGAGCCAGCAACUUCUUCCCCUACAGCUCUGGGGAUGCUUCCUAACACCCACAUGCCUGGGCUGUGGUGGGCAGUGUGGCUACUGGGGCCUCCAAGCCUCUAUGAACAAGUGACUCAGGACCUCUUCCUCUUGCUUCUGUGCCAGCUCAAUUACCCAUCCCUCUGCAGCGCCCCAGUUGUCCACAGUGCCUGCCACCUUGGUGCACGGUGACCUCCUCAAGACUCAGAUUCCCAUCACCUAGGAGUGAUUUGGACUGUUGAGGUCAGGGGCCAGGCAGGAUGGGUGAACCCCUCCUGUUUGCCCAAACACCAGCUCUACCAUCUGUGGGCACAAGCGCUACUAAUGACAUCACCGUGAACGCAUCCUUAUUGUGAUCUUGUGGGUUUUUAGUUUGUUUGCCUUCAGUAAUUCCUCACAGUGUUGGAAAACAUCCCUAAGAGCUACUUGGGUUCUCAGCAGCUAGCUCCCGGGUGUCCCCAUUCCCUUGUUUCACAUAGCUGACUUUGUGCUUUGUGUAUGUCGGGGUAGGGAGCGUGGAGGAUGCCAGAGAUGCCUGUUCUGCUGGAUUCUGACAUUUUAUCCCAUCUUAUUUUCCCUCUCCCUGUGAGACACGCAAUACACAUAUCACACACACAAUGCAAAUAUACAACUUGGCCCCCCUGACACCACCCAGGCUGCCUCUGCUGUGACCUCCUAGGACCAAUGCAUUGGAACCUGCUUGCUUGCCUCCCGAGCCUGAUCCAGGGCCACUGAGCAUGUCAGGUGGAGCAGCUGGUGGGGCCAUGCUGAGUGCUGGCGCCAGAACCCAGAGAAGGCACAGGCUGUACUGCCAGCCUGCAACUCAUUUGGCUGCACAUAGGAUUCCGUGUUCAGGGGUACACCCCCCUCCACACUUGACUUCUGCUGCCUAGCACAUGCCAAUUUCACCCUUGCCCGCUUGUCUGCAGGUACCCAGGAAGGCUUUUGACCUCUGCCCUAGUCCUGUACUGGAGUCCCACUGUACAUUUCCACUAAGCUUUGGACUUCUCUGUUCAGGAAGAACUGUUUUCCAUCCUCAGGAACAUGCUGUGCUCAGGGAAAUGUGGAGCCUCCAUGACUGGGCCUUCAGGCUGCUCAGGUAGCCUCCCAAGAGGCUGAGCCCCAUAGAAGAAAAGCAGCCGGUGCCUAAGUGCUCAGUUAAAGUACAGGCAAAUGGCUGGCUGCCUCAGACACCCUCUUUUUAAAAAGCCCCUUCCCAGGGAUAAUGGGAUGGGGUGGGGGAGGGGGGCCCAGGCGGUUGAGUCUGGCGAGUGUCUGAGACCUUAGCAGUAUUUCUCUGUCACUGCCCGAUGCUGAAGCAACUUUCUAAAAAGUUUCCUCAGAUGAAAACUGGGUGCUUGGGAGGGAGUGGGCUAGAAAAAAAAAUAGGAAACCAGGUCUUGGGACUGCAGAUCUAGUGUGCAGUAAAGAAGCUCGCAGAACCCCAGGAAGGCCAUAGUUCUCAGGGGAGCGAGUGAGCCUUUGCUUGCUUUCAGGCCUCACAUCAAGGAGUUGACUCAGAGGGCAGAUGGGCAAGGCCACGCCACAGGAGGCCGGGCAGGGAUACUUGCUUUCAGGGGACUUGACAGUGGCUGUUAGGCAAAAUGCUAGUUUUGUGGUUCAGAUAACAGUCUUUGACCACCCCCUGACAUCAUUCGUAAUGCUCCAGUCCUUUGUUGCAUCUGCACUUAGUAUCACUUGAGCCCUGGUAGCUCUGCUGUGCCUUUUGGAGUGGGGUCUAGCCUAGUCUUCCAGCCUCAUAAUUAUAGCGUAAGUGUAAUGCCUGCCACCACCAAAGGCCCACGCAGUAUUCCUCAUGCCCUGUGCUAACCUUUUCGGUAUAGGAACAGGCAGAAGUGUUUUUAGCGCAGUAAAUAUAACUAACUUAUAUUUCCCUUCAUGAAGGAUGGAAAUGACGUGUAUGCAUUUCCAAGCACCGUGGAUAAUAUUUGUAAACUGUUCUCUGCAAACAAAAAAAUGUAAAUAUGCUUCUAAUAAAGUAAUAAGGUAAUUUGCA